GAAACCCAGGUUUCCUCGUAUGCAGCGGUGUUGUGAGUCGUCACUACCACACCUGCCACCUAUCUCGAGUUACGCGACGAGGGCUUGUGGGCUUUCUGCGAGUCGUUCUGAAGCUGCAGCUGCGCUUCUCGUUCCGCUGUUUCUGAGUGAGUGCGCGUGACUAAACUGAUCCUUCUUUCAGUACUAGGAGGACCAUCGCUGGAUAGGCGAACCGCGUCAAGAAUAGGUUCUGGCGUUGGAUUGCGAAAGAAACUAGGACCAUCGAGGCGUGGCGUGGAUUUCAGGCGUGCUGAUGAGCCUGUCUAAUUGAACAUCGCAGGCCAAAUAUCUCAGCCCCUAUCAUGGCUACCCGUUGGCGCACUUCCUUCCGCCCCUUGCUGCUGCUGCUGGCGGUGCUGCUAGCGCGGCACUCGUGCGUGCAUGCGGCCGGCAAGGCCAAUGCCACCCAGCCAGCACCAGAUGACCCUGUGGCCAAGGCAGAGAAGGAGCAGGGCGACCUCGUUCCUGAAGAUGACCCUGUGGCCAAGGCUGAGAAGGAGCAGGGCGACCUCGUUCCUGAAGGAGCGUGCAAGGGGGAGAUAGCGGCCUAUUGUUCCGACCUCCCGGUGGGCAACCGCUCGCUGGAGCGCUGCCUCAGCACGCAGGUCAAGAUGGUGAUGGCGGGGAAAGUCAGAGCCGAGCCUGAUUUCUCUGCCGAGUGUUUGUCGGAGAUUCGCUACUUCAAGAUCGCGCUGUACAAGGACAUCAGCAUGAACCAGGAGAUGGUGGAGGCGUGCAAGGAGGACAUUGCCUCGUUCUGUGACGAUGAUUUCCUCUACCCCGAGCCUGGCAACGUGCUCGCGUGCCUGCGCGAGAGCAAGGAGUCAGGGCGUGUGUCGGACGCGUGUGCGGCGAUGGUGUUUGAGGCGCAGGAGGACGCAGCGGAUGACUUCCGCAUGGACCCGCAGCUCAACAUGCUCUGCUCGAAAGACGCUGACACCUAUUGCGGAGAUGUCCAGCCUGGGGAGGGCCGCGUGCAGGAGUGCCUGCGCCGCAAUCGCAAGAAGCUGAACUGGGAGUGCCAGGCGGAGCUGUUCCGGCAGGAGGUGGAGAAUGCGGAUGACAUCCGCCUCAACGUGCGCCUGUUCCGAGCGUGUCUGGAGGACAAGCGUCGCUUCUGCCCCGACGUGCUGCCCGGGGAUGCGCGGGUGAAGGACUGCCUGGAGGAGCACAGGGCCGACCACGAGUUCUCCAAGACCUGCAAGGUUGAGUUUGACAAGAUGAUGGAACGCAGGGCCGUGGACUUCCGACUCGAUGCCAGCCUGCGCAAGUACUGCCACAAGGACAUUGUCGAGACGUGCUACCCAGACGCGGAGGACAUCAGCGACGUGGCGAACUGGGACAGCAAGGUGAUGGAGUGCCUGCAGGACUACAAGGAGGAGCUCAAGGACCCACGAUGCCGGCAGCAGGUACAUCGCCUCACCAAGAGGGCGGCAGAGGACAUCCGGUUUGACCAUCCCCUGCAUGACGCAUGCCAGCCCGACCAGGAGAAGCUCUGCAAGGACGUGCCCAGCGGCCAUGCCCGUGUCUUCACGUGCCUGCAGGACCACCGCAAGGACCUGCGCCCCGUGUGCCGCGCUGCUCUCUUUGAUCAGGAGAUCCGCUACGCCGGCGACAUUGACUUCAAGUUUGGCAUGCGCCAGGCGUGUACGGACGAAAUGAAGCGCCUCUGUGCCCAAGCUAGCGACAUGGUGAAGUGUCUGCAGAACCAUGUGGCAGACGCUGACAUGGGCAAGGCAUGUGCGGACGAGGUCAAGAGGGACGAGCAGCGCAGCGCACAGGAUUUCCGCCUCAACUUCCGUCUCAACCAUGCGUGCUUCGAGGACGUGCAGCACCUCUGCAUGAACGCGUGUGCCCCCCCAGGCACCGAGGGUGCCAUGGCUGCAGCAGUGGCAGCAGCAGGGCAGCCGUGUGGCGGGGCGGUGCUCAAGUGCCUGUCGGAGAAAGUGUCUCAGCUGCAGAACGCCGAGUGCCGGGAGGAGGUGUUCUACUUUGAAAGGAGGACGGUGGAGGACCCUGCGCUCGACGUGCCCCUGCAGCAAGCGUGCAAGGACGAUGCUGACAUGUACUGUGGGGCGGGUGCGGGGUACGCUAGUCGCGACCACAGCCGCACGCUGUCGUGCCUCAGGCAGAACCGCAAGAAGCUCUCGCAGAAAUGCAAGGCGGAGGAGCUGCGGUUCAGCGCCAUGGAGGCGUCUGACAUCCGCCUCACCCCCACCCUCAUGAACGCGUGUGGCUUGGAGCUGCACCAGUUCUGCCGCGGUGUGCCUCCCAUGGGCGGCCAUGCCUUCCGCUGUCUUCAGUGGCACAUCCAGGAGUCCGGCAUGAGCGUCGCAUGCCGCGCUGAGGUGGACCUCCAGACCAUGCGCCAGUCGCAGUACUACCGCACCGACAUUGCCCUGCAGCUGCAGUGCGAUGCUGACGUGGCAGAGAAGUGUGCUGAGGUGGAUGCGGAGAGUGACACGUCACUGGGUGAGGAGGUGGAGGGAGACUACGGGCCCAUCCUGCACUGCCUGCUGCAGUCGUACCAGACGCUCAAGCCCGGCUGCCAGUCAGAGGUGACCUAUGUGGUGCGCAAUGCCCUCUGGAUGUACCACAGCAAUGCCGGCCUCACCAAGCCCUGCCACGCUGACAUCGAUGCCCUCUGCAACAGCACCCACGUGCCACAGGGCAGCGAGCACAAGGGCCCGGUGAUGGGAAGUUUCGGGCAGUGCCUGGUGGACACGCCUCUCACUAAGAUCUCUGACAAGCAGUGCCGGCAGCUGGUGGGCGUGGUGGCGGGCAGUGGCGGGCAUGUGGGAGGCGUGGUGAAUGAGAACCAGCUGGAAGACACGCUUACCAAGAUCGCAGAGAUCCAGCUGGUGGCUCAGGCUGAGGCGGAGGAGCAGCAGGAAGGCUCUACGCUGGUGCUGACUGGCUGGAUGGCCUUCAUAGCCAUCACAGCCCUCGCUGCACUGCUGCUUGGUGGUGGCUUCUUUGUCUACCGCCGCUACUUUGAUCCACGCCGCAACUACACUGUUGUAGUUAAGGCCGGCGAUGUGUGAUUGGAAUGUGCUGCUUUUGCAUGACACACAGUGGGUAUUGUUAGGGGAUCAAUCAUGCUUACCAGAUGUCAGCAAGCACUCCAACUUAAUCUGGGUGGAAUUAUUUUUGCUGCAUGGAGCAGAACUGGUUGCACAGUGCACACCCUGCACAUGAUGUUCCUGUGAAGCCUGAUUU